GAAGAGGGCGAGGCUGGGGGAAGGCACGGACUGUAGGGGGAGCAGGCAGCCGCUCCUCGCCGCCUGCCUGCAAGAAUGCGGCAGGGGGUCGGGGCUUUGGGGAGGUGCUAGCCCCCCAGCCCGGGGUCGGGCUGGAGCGCUGGCCCAAGGGCCAGUCGCCUAUUGAGUGUGGUCCAGCAGCCGAGCGCCUGGAGAGCCAAAAGAGGGGCGCUGGAGGCGUUCCCCCCCAGCGCGGGUCCCUCUGCCGCCCGGCCGCGGAGAAAGGAGGGAUCGGCUGGCGGUGGCCAGGAGGAGAGAGACCUGUCUCCAGCCGGGCUCCGGAGCGUCGGCGCCAUCGUCUUCAAUGCCUCUCUGAAAAGCUUUUAGGAAGAGUGCGAGAGAAAGAGCGCGCGCCAGGGAGAGGAGAAAAGAAGAUGAGGAUUAUUUGCAGACAGAUUGUCUUGUUAUUUUCUGGAUUUUGGGGUCUCGCCAUGGGAGCCUUUCCGAGCAGCGUGCAAAUAGGCGGUCUCUUCAUCCGAAACACAGACCAGGAAUACACUGCUUUUCGAUUAGCAAUUUUUCUUCACAACACUAGCCCCAAUGCGUCGGAAGCUCCUUUUAAUUUGGUACCUCAUGUGGACAACAUUGAGACAGCCAACAGUUUUGCUGUAACAAAUGCUUUCUGUUCCCAGUAUUCCAGAGGAGUAUUUGCCAUUUUUGGACUCUAUGAUAAGAGGUCAGUACAUACCUUGACCUCAUUCUGCAGCGCCUUACACAUCUCCCUCAUCACACCGAGUUUUCCCACUGAGGGGGAGAGCCAGUUUGUGCUGCAGCUGAGACCAUCCUUACGAGGAGCACUCUUGAGUCUGCUUGAUCACUAUGAAUGGAACUGUUUUGUCUUCUUGUAUGACACAGACAGGGGAUACUCGAUACUUCAAGCUAUUAUGGAAAAAGCAGGACAAAAUGGUUGGCAUGUCAGCGCUAUAUGCGUGGAGAAUUUUAAUGAUGUCAGCUAUCGGCAACUUCUAGAAGAACUUGACCGGCGACAAGAGAAGAAAUUUGUGAUCGACUGUGAGAUAGAGAGACUUCAAAACAUAUUAGAACAGAUCGUAAGUGUUGGAAAACAUGUUAAAGGCUACCAUUAUAUCAUAGCAAAUUUGGGAUUCAAGGACAUUUCUCUUGAGAGAUUUAUCCAUGGUGGAGCCAAUGUUACCGGAUUCCAGUUGGUCGAUUUUAAUACACCUAUGGUAGCCAAAUUAAUGGACCGCUGGAAGAAACUGGAUCAAAGAGAAUAUCCAGGAUCUGAGACUCCUCCAAAGUAUACAUCUGCUCUGACUUACGAUGGAGUCCUUGUGAUGGCCGAGACUUUCCGGAAUCUUAGAAGGCAGAAAAUUGAUAUUUCAAGGAGAGGCAAUGCUGGCGAUUGUCUGGCAAACCCUGCGGCCCCAUGGGGGCAGGGAAUCGACAUGGAGAGAACACUCAAGCAGGUUCGAAUUCAAGGGCUGACAGGAAAUGUCCAGUUUGAUCACUACGGACGUAGAGUCAACUACACAAUGGAUGUAUUUGAGUUAAAGAGCACGGGACCUCGAAAGGUUGGUUACUGGAAUGACAUGGAUAAAUUAGUCUUGAUUCAAGAUGUCCCCACUCUGGGCAAUGACACUGCAGCAAUUGAGAACAGAACAGUGGUUGUGACCACAAUCAUGGAAUCCCCAUAUGUUAUGUACAAGAAAAAUCACGAAAUGUUUGAAGGAAAUGACAAAUAUGAAGGCUACUGUGUAGAUUUGGCAUCUGAAAUUGCAAAACAUAUUGGUAUCAAGUAUAAAAUUGCCAUUGUCCCUGACGGAAAAUAUGGAGCAAGGGAUGCAGACACAAAAAUCUGGAAUGGGAUGGUAGGAGAACUUGUUUAUGGGAAAGCAGAGAUCGCUAUUGCCCCUCUAACGAUCACUUUGGUCCGAGAGGAAGUCAUUGACUUCUCUAAGCCUUUCAUGAGUCUGGGCAUAUCUAUCAUGAUCAAAAAGCCUCAGAAAUCUAAACCAGGAGUGUUUUCUUUCUUGGACCCUCUGGCCUAUGAGAUUUGGAUGUGCAUCGUCUUUGCCUACAUCGGUGUUAGUGUGGUCUUGUUCCUGGUUAGUAGGUUCAGUCCUUAUGAGUGGCACACAGAGGAGCCGGAAGAUGGAAAAGAAGGACCCAGCGACCAGCCUCCCAAUGAGUUUGGCAUCUUUAACAGCCUCUGGUUCUCCCUGGGCGCUUUUAUGCAACAAGGAUGUGACAUUUCACCCAGAUCCCUCUCAGGUCGGAUUGUUGGAGGUGUUUGGUGGUUCUUCACACUCAUCAUCAUCUCCUCUUAUACUGCCAACCUCGCUGCUUUUCUCACAGUCGAGAGAAUGGUCUCUCCCAUAGAAAGUGCGGAAGACCUGGCCAAGCAGACCGAAAUUGCCUAUGGAACACUGGACUCGGGGUCAACAAAAGAAUUCUUCAGAAGAUCAAAAAUAGCAGUGUAUGAAAAGAUGUGGACCUACAUGCGAUCGGCAGAGCCGUCAGUGUUCACUAGGACUACAGCUGAGGGAGUAGCUCGUGUCCGCAAAUCCAAGGGCAAAUUCGCCUUUCUGCUGGAGUCCACUAUGAAUGAAUACAUUGAGCAGCGAAAGCCCUGUGACACGAUGAAAGUGGGAGGCAAUCUGGAUUCGAAAGGCUAUGGAGUAGCAACGCCCAAGGGGUCUUCAUUAAGAAAUGCUGUUAACCUCGCAGUUUUAAAACUGAAUGAACAAGGCCUCUUGGACAAAUUGAAAAACAAAUGGUGGUACGACAAAGGAGAAUGUGGCAGCGGGGGCGGUGACUCCAAGGACAAGACGAGCGCCUUGAGUCUCAGCAACGUGGCAGGCGUCUUCUACAUUCUGGUUGGCGGCCUGGGCUUGGCAAUGCUGGUGGCUUUGAUAGAGUUCUGUUACAAGUCCAGGGCAGAAGCGAAGAGAAUGAAGCUGACCUUCUCUGAAGCCAUACGAAACAAGGCCCGCCUGUCCAUCACCGGCAGCGUGGGUGAGAACGGCCGCGUGUUGUCGCCCGACUGCCCCAAGGCUGUGCACGCCGGCACCGCCAUCCGACAGAGUUCCGGAUUGGCCGUCAUUGCAUCGGACCUACCGUGAAAACCAAAAAAUUAAUUGAGUGCCUUAAUUAAACUGCGUCGGUGACUGGAGGAAACGCAGCCCCGGGGGGUCCCCGCGCGGGCGGGUGUGGGCCCCGCGCACCCCCCUGGGCUGAGAGCAGGAGUUCACCCCAAUGCGCCUGGCCGGCAGCGCGUGCAUGAGCUCAGCUCGGAAACCCAAACUCAGAUUUUCUAUCAGGAAAACUCACAAUUUAGGUUUUUUGGGGGUUUUUUUGUUUGUUUGUUUUUUCGGGGAGCGGGGGUGGGGAGGGGGAGGUGGGACCUGCGAUGGGUGUAUUAACAGCAACAAAUUUCACUUGAGUGGACUUAAAAACUAAUCAGACUUGCAAGCUAGCGCAUCAAACCGUGAAGUUCUUGCUCAGAAAAACCUUCGUCUUCGCUCCAAGGGGCAAAGUAGUUCUAAAAGUCAGUGAACAUGCUAACCCGUGUCUUCAGAACAUCCGUCUAUUCUGUGGAAGGCUAUCCAGCUAAGAAAACAAAUCACUAAACUGUGAUCAAACAAUAAAUAAACAUGUAAAUUCUGUGAAAAAAAAUUAAAGGAAGUAUUUACACUUACUUUGGAGAAAAUAAAUACUGAAACAUGCUUGCUUUUUAACUGACAUAAAAUCAGUAGAAGACAACACAAUUCUUUUUUCUAACCAUCUUAGGGAACAAUACAUUGCAAUAAUUGAUAUAAAUGCCAUCACUGUAAUAAACGUUAGGGAAUUUUUUUUUAUAAAGGUUGUUGGUCAUCUUUGUUUGCUGUAACCUCCACUAUGUCACACAUGUCCCCAGUGUUGCAGAUUGCAUUUGUCUCAUUACCAAGAACAGAAGCAAAAUGAAGACAGGGCUGACAUGAAACCUUAAGUCUGCGAUGUAGAAUCAAAAGAGAUUAUGGGUCACUCCUGCUAUUGGUAUUAUUUAUAAUCUUGUUCUGUGUACAAAAUUGUGGUUUUUGUACCCACCAAAAAGAAAAGAAUAAAAAUAACAGAUGUUCUUACAAUAUCUACACAGCUCAAACUUCUUUCUUAUCAUGGUAAAAGUUAUUUGAGAAAUUUAUGAGAUUGUAGGAGGGACUGCGGACGUCAACUCCUGACAAAAUGCAGCUAACCAUGAUUAUUUUUGGAUACUGAACUGCCCUCCUUUGAAGACGCUAGUCCUGCUAAAGGUUGAUUGGUCAUAGAUGGAAUGUUUGACGUGGGGGAUGAAUCAUUGUCACUCAGUAACAUACCCUGUAAUUGUGUGUGUUGAAAUUUUACUUGACUGUAUUUUGCUGCAUAAAAUAAUGUGUCUGUUUGGGCUUCUCCUCCACUCUCCCUUUUUCCAUUUAAACCAUUUGAAGGCACUAAGAAUAGUUUGGGGUAGGCAAGUAAAUUAAUUAUGUAUGAGUAUAAAAAAUCCCCAUAUGUUACACACAGAUUCAAUGAACAUGGCUCAAAAGAAUUGGUUCAUUUGAAGUAACAGAUACAUGCUGUGGUACAAAUGAGCAUCAGGUACUUGGAGAUCUUGGCAGAAAGCACAAGUUAGGAUGACUUUGGAUGGCUGACUGUGUAAGGAGAAGUCGAGUUUUCAAAGGUGGAGAAAGUUAAGAUUCUGAUGAAUGAGCAGUGGCCCAAAGCUAUGGCCAUGCAUAUCAGUGAAUUAUUUAGGGAAUGUAUGCACCGAAGUGGUUUAGAGAGAGCACAGAGUGUGACAUCGUGGGAAAUGAAGUCAGGAAAGGUGAAGGAGUCACCUUGCUUCAACUCUCAAAAUUCUCACUGCCCAUUCAAUCUUUAUGUCACAGGAAGAAACACACACACACACACACACACACACACACACACACACACGCACACACGAGUUCCCUCAGGAAAAAUUCCAAACUCCACCGGAGAAAAAGAGCUCCUUUAUAACCUGGCUCUUGCUUUUCUCUUCCAAGACUCUCUUACCCCAUCCAAACAUUCUGCCAUCAAACUCUCUUGAAAGCAGCACAUGGGAUGUGACAUUUACUGUUUCCUAAAUCUGUAACCCUUCCUCACCAUCCUUGAAUAUUCAAAUCAAAUUUUACCUGCCCUGGGAAGCUUUCCAUCACCCCUGCCUAUGAGAUGAAGUUCGGUGCCCUUUUAAUGUUCUCCCCAUCUUAGCACUUCCAUACUGCGUUGUAAUUGCCUGUGUAACUGUCUGUAUAACUACUAGACUGUAAGCUCCUUGAGGGCAGGAACUGUGUCUAUCUUAUUCACAGUUGUAUCCCCAGCACCCAGCACAGUGCCUGGCAUAUCUGUAGGUGCUUAAUAAAUAUUUGUUGAAUGAAUGAA